AUGCCCGCCGGUUUGAUGCCGUUGAUAUCGAAAAACGUAGGGAAAGAGGGGGAGAAAGAGGAGGAAAAGGAGGAGGAGAAGGAGGAGAAGAAGGAGGAGAAGGAGGAGGAGAAGGAGGAGGAGAAGGAGGAGGAGGAGGAAAAUGAGGAGGAGGAGAAGGAGGAGGAGGAGGAAAAUGAGGAGGAGGAGAAGGAGGAGGAGGAGAAGGAGGAGGAGAAGGAUAAGAAUGAGUUUCUACGCUUCACUUGUCUUCUUGGCAACAAUGGCGAUGGUUUCGUUCGUUGCUUUCGCGAAGCCGCAGCCAUCACCUUGGAAUGCAAUUCGGGGCUAAUUACCCGUCAGCAAUAG